AUGGAAUAACAAUUAAGAUUGUAAAGAAUUGGUCCAAACUCUCUAACUUUAUAACUCACUUCGAAAUAGGAAUCUUCAUCCUAGAUAAUGUUGGAAGAGGAAAUUUAGUAGGAAAGUUUGAGGGAAAUGAAUGAAAACAAGAGCUUUGAGAUGAACAUGUCACGUUUCGAAAGUAAAGUAAUUACUGUAGUUAUUGAAGUCUGAAUUUAGGAGGAAAGGACAACACCCACUAAGAACUCUAAAGACUCUUCAACCAUAAAAAUAAUCAAAUUUUAUUCAGAAUUUUAAAUUGUAGUUGCACGUUCAUCGAUUCGUCAACAAUAUCUUUACAAACUCAUAUAUCUUAAGAAAUUAACAGAAAUAAAAAAUCACUGAUUAACUAUUCGAAAAAUCUUCGGCUUCCCAGAAAAAAGAAAAUGGUAAGAUAAAUUUAUGAUUAGUGAUAGUUUAAGACACUGUAUCGUGGAUUCCAAUAUUUUUACCUUCCACAAACGCAAUUAUUAUUUGGGAUAUUUUUGGGUUUCUAAACAAUCUGUUAAUGCUAUGGUUAACUCCCUUUAUAGGUUCAUUUAACAAUUAUCAAAACGAUAUCAUAUCUACUAUUUAAUAAAUCAUCUUAAUUUUUCAAAUUAUCGAUUUCUUGGUUCAAUUCAACAGGGGAAUAUUUGUCUCUGCUAUUUUAAUUACCAACAGAAUGACAAUAAUAAAAGAGUACUUGAAAUCGAAUGCAUUUGUGGAUUUCCUGAGACUAUUUAUUUGGUUUUGCCUGAAACACGAUUUGAUAUUCACAGUCAUUCUGGAAAUUACAAUAAUACUAGAAAUUCUAUUGAUCUAUUAGAAUAUCCAAAGAUAUCUUGCGGAAUAUUUUCAAUACUUCUAUAUGAAAGGAGGUUAGAAUGCUAUUUUAGAUCUAAUUUAAUUAAUCAUUUAAAUAUACUAUUUCGCCCAUAUCAUAGCCUGUGUAUGGCAUUAUGCUGGAGACAAAACCAAGUAUUUGGGAACAUCAUGGUUGAUUGAACACAACUUAACAGAAUACUCAUCUUGGCAUCAAUACAAUGCAUCGUUUUAUUGGGCAACCAUGACUAUGACAACUGUUGGAUAUGGUGACAUAUCAGCUUCGAAUUAAGUUGAGAUGAUUAUUUCAUCAGUCAUCAUGUUUUUCUCUAGUUAUGCUUUUGCUUAUACUAUGAGUUCAAUUGGAAUUAUUUUGAAAAACCUGUAUGAUGCCAAACAAACAUAUAAGUAACAAUUAUUAAAUAAAUCAGAAAGAACUUGAUCUAGAUAACCCAAUAUAUGCAUAAGAAUCAAGUGGAUGAGAACAUUCAGGGCAGAAUCAGAAAUUACAUAAGAAUCCAUUCGACUUCGGAUAACGUAGAAAAUCAAAGCGAAAUAGACAAUAUUAUUGGUUUAUUGCCAAAUAACUUGUAGAAGGAUUUAAACAGUGAUAUUUAAACUAGGGUUCUCAGAAAAAUGAAGCUAAUAAUCAACCAUUUCUCGAAAUAUACUUAACAACAAGUGGCAAAAAACCUUGAGUUGAUUUCAUUUCUGCCUGGAGACAUCAUAUAUAAGUAGGGAGAUAUUCAUGAAGAUAAUCUGUAUUUAUUCACAUUAAUGAAUUUAGUUACUUCAUUCAACAAGGAGAUGUGAAUCAAAUAGAAAUGCAGACUGAACUCAAAUUGAGGAACCUAAAAACCUCAUAAUAUUUAGGUUACUAUUCCUUUUUCACUGGAUUUGCCCCCAAGGAAACAGCAGUCAGUUAAGGAGCUAGUUAGCUAUAUAGAAUAAGUAGAAAGAAAUUCUUAGAUAUCAUCAGACAGAAUCAAAAGGAUUUGGAGAUCUUUCAUCAUAUAAAAGACAAGAUGAUUUAUAAACAGAACUUUGUGUUAUUUGAUCACAAAUGCAGUUUCUGUAACAGAUAUGUUCAUCAGGAAAUCGAUUGUCCAUUAAUUCAAUUUAAACCUGAUUUAGAACGCUUAUUAAAAAAGGAGGCAUUUAAUGCUGAGUUCAACUUAAGCAGAUAUAGAUCCAGGAGAAAAUCGAAACACAAUUCUUUAGCCUAAAAUCAAAUGAUAGAAUAGUCAUUGAAACUAUAUCAAGAAGAUAAUCAAUUGAUUGAAGAUUUAACAUCUCAUCAUGAAUUACAAAAUGAUAAAUCUGUAGUUUCUGAAUAACAAUUUCCAUCAUCACAGUAUAUAUUAAGUGAAAAAGAUAUAAUUCCAGAUUAACAUUGUUUAAGAUAAAACUAGAGAAGAAUAAGUUAGAAUCUUUAAGGGAAAGGACAGAGAAGUAAUUUAUCCUUUAAUUAGAAUUGUCCCAUCUUAAGGUAAUACCAGUUGUCCAGGAAUCUAAAUAAUCAUAACGUAGGAUAGUAUUGUCAAAUGAUGAAAUUCUAAUUCCUAAGCAAUACAACAUGAUAGAAGAGAUUGAGACAACACUGCAAAAGAGUCUGAAACCUUCUCUAAAUAUUGAUUCAAUUUCAUUAAAGUCAUAGUAUUACAUGCCAUAAUAUUAAAUUGAAGCUCAAAUUAAAUUAUGGAUCAAAAGUUAAAGAAAAAGAAGCAAUAAAUUUUGGAAUAUUUAUGAAUAUUUAAAGAAAUACACUUUUUCAAGUUUUGUCAAGGAUGCAGCAAUAUAGAUGAUUAAUUAGGGAAAAAGAAUAUACAAUACUUUUAAUUUUGAUCGAUUGUGA